AUGGCCGCCGUGCAGCCACGCGUAGCCCCACGCCGACAUCCGCCACCGCCGUCGCCGCUGGUUCCGCCGCUACCAGCAGCGCCGUCGCAGGCGCCGGCGGCGCGGCCGCAGCUACCGUGCAAGAGGAGCCGCGCCGACGCCGCCGUGGCCGUCGCCCACGGCAGGAAUAAGGAGAGGGUGGCGGAGUCGUGCUGCCCGUCGUCGUCGCGGCUGGACCAGCUGGAGCUGGUGCUGGUCGACGACGACAGCGGCGAGGAGGACGACGGCUGCGGCAGCUGCGUCGACGGUGCCGGUGGUGCCGGCGGCGGACAGAAGGACGAGGAGGAGGAGAGCGGGAGCGGGAGCGGCGGUGUCGCCUGGUGGAGCCAGGAGAGCGGCGGCGGCGGUCGCCGCUGCUCCCUGUGGGCGAACGGGAGCAGAGCAACCGAGGGCGGCCAGUUACGCGCCGGCGGCGAGCGCGACGACGAGGACCCCACGGUGGCGGCGGCGAGGCGGCAGGAGGAGGACCGCAAGUUCUGGGAGGCGUGCCUGGCGUCGGGCUACCCCUGA